AAUAUUAAAACACUAAUCAGUAAGUAUAUACAGUACACAGUACACACGUAUUUGCAAAAUCAUUUCCAUCAACAGCGUAAUAUUUUUACUAUAAACUUAGAAAAAAACAUGAUGCCAUAUGGCAACACUGGGUCUGACAGGAAAUUGACAACCGAUUUGAGAGUCUUCCAUGUCCAUGUUAUAGUAUUCUCCUAAAUGGGUGUUCAGUCAAGUGCAUUCAGUCCUCAUCGUUUUUGGCGUUUGAGUUGGCGGCAGAGGUGGUGAAGAUAGCGGUGGCGGUGGAGCCGCAAGACUGUUGACGGGCUAGAAAAGAUGAAGAUGAAGUUAAUCUAGUUCAACAGUGACUGUUUUAAAAAAUUAACAAUUUUUAUCACUACUGAUCGAAUUAUAAAAAUGUCGAAUUCAUUAAAAAGAUCUCAGGAGGACAAGGAUUUUUCUGAUGUUACGCAAAACGAAACGAAAAAAAAGUGUAAAACCUGACACGAUGCAAAUAAGAAACACACCAGCUAGUUUAAUGACAAAUAGUGUCUCUGUGGCGAAGGUGAAGACAAACACUAAGAAGGAAAAUAUAGAGCACCUAUUAGAAAGGUCAAAACUUCUGAAUAGUUAUAGUCCGUUUUUUUUUAAAAAAAAACAUCCCACGAGUUCAACAAAGUUUCAUUCUUCUGGCCUGCCAACCAAAACCUCAAGCCAUCGAAAAGGAGCGCCUCCAGCCCAUAUUCGCAGCAAAACGAAACAAGUGAAACCAGCAAUAAUAGAUAUCAACAUGUCAGAUGUAAAAGCUUACACGAUGCAAAUAAGAAAUACACCAGCUAGUUUAAUGACAAAUAAUGUCUCUGUUCCGAAGGCGGAGACACACUCUAAAAAGGAAAAAAUAAAACAUCUAUCAGAAGAGAUACAUUUUCAGAAUAAUAGCAAAACGAGACAAGACGAGCCGAAACAUACGAAAACGAACGUGCAAAGUGUGAAACAUGCCACAAAGUCAAUAAAACACACACGAGUUAGUUUAACCACUAAUAAUGUUUCUGAAACAGCGAAGAAACCAAAAACAACGAAAAACUACAUUGCGUUAAAUAAAUUUCGGAUUUGCAGUGGAAUGACACAAACCAAGCCGAAACAAACGAAUACAGACGAUCAAAAUGCAAAACUUACGGCGAUAACAAAAAAAAACGCAACAACUAAUAUUACACAAAAUAAUUUUGAUGUUACAUCGGCAGAGAAAAAUACCCCAAUAAAAAACAUAAUAUUUAACGAAAUGAAAGAAUCUUUGAAUAGCUAUGAAAUGACACAAACCAAGCACAGACAAACGAAUAUAGACGAUAAAACUGCGAAACCAGCUUUGAUGUCAAUAAAAAAUGCAGCUACAAAUAGUAUUUCUGUGCCAUUGGAGAAACCAAAACCAACGAAAGACAAUUUAGUACAAGUAUUUGCCGGGUUAAAAAAACUUUAUGACAGUAAAAAAAAACGAGACCAUUUGGUUCAAAAUUAUACGGAUAUUCCAAUCGGGAAACCUGCCACGAUGUUAAUAAAUCACAGAUCAGCUUGUUUAACCACAAACAAUAACUCUCUACCAUUGGAUAAACUAAAACCGAAGGAAGAAAACACAAAAUACUUAUUAGAUGAGUUAAGAAAACAAACAAAUUGUGAAACGGUUCAAUACAAACCAACAUAUACGAAUACGACAAGUGCACAAUCGGACACUAUAUCAGUAAAACAUACACCAGAUACUUUAACAACAAAUAAUGAUUCACUGCCAGUGGAGAAACUAAAAAACAAGAAGGAAAACAUAGAUGACAUGUUAAAGAAGAUAAUAAAUCUUAAGUACAGCAUAAUACAGUAUGAAUCGACACCACCGAAACCUACCAUGAAGUCAACAAAACAUGCACCAGCUCUUUUAACCACACAAAAUGUACGAAUGAAGAGACGGCCAAAAUCAAUGAGAGGAAAAAUUUUCCGGUUAAGAUAACUUCAGAAUAGGUAUAAAUAUAACACUAUAAAUAUAGUUAAACACAAUGAGUUUUUAUUAGAAAAAAUACAUUAAUUUUUAAUAUAAAAAUGACUUUAACAUAACUUUUAAUUUGUCGUUAUUAUAAAUAAUCCAAUUAAACAUUUAGUACUUUGUUACUGAACCUUGUACACAGUUAAUUUUGUUUUCAAUCAGAGUUAAAUGUUUGUUGAAAUCAUUUAUAAGCACAAUCAUAAGCGAUUUGAAACUUUUUUUUUCAGAUCAGGUUGAUUAGGUAUUGAUGAAUUUCAUAACGUAUUAGUUCUUUUUGUCUUGUGUUUUAUAAUCGGUUUACCUGUAGAUUGGAUUAUUUAAAUUAGCGACAAAUUAAAUGGUAGUUAAAGGUAAUUUUUAUAUUAAAAAUUAAUGUUUUUUUCCUAUAAAAACUCAUUAUGUUUUACUAUAUUUCUAGUGUGAUUAGUCCCAGUCAAAUAAGACAAAAAUCGACAAAAUUCGGAACUAAUUUCCCGAAAGCUGAAUUUUGGUUUAUAAAUAGUUUAUAAAUAUACUAAAAGUCCUGACAUCUACUCCUUGUGCGUAGACCCGCACCCUUCUUAUAAGAGUGGUGCACCCCUUUUACUGAUUUCGCUUAUAUUUCGUCAGAUGUUCAAGUUACAAUAAAAAUACCUAUGAGCAAAAUUAAAGACCAUAUAAUUUACCAUAGAAUUAUUAACUUACUUUUAAUAUACAAAGUGAUUCUUUUAUAAUUGUUCAUUCAUUAUUUCAUAGUGUUGACUUUUUUCAAUUUUUUUUUUUUCAAAAUAUUUAGUUUCAUGCUUUUCUAAAACCAUAUAACAUUUUUAUUUUUUCACCUUUAUUACUAAUAGUGAGAUCUUUAUUUUAAAUAUAAGCUUCCAUUUGAAAUAAAAUUUUGAUAGUGGUUUCACUAAAUCUAAGAGAGAAAAAAUUUAAAUGCUAUAUAGGUAGUUUUAGAAAAGUAUAAAACUAAACAUUUUGAAAAAAAAAAUUGAAAGUCAACAGUUUUUGAAAUAAUAAGUGUACAGUGAUAAAAGAAUCAACCUGUAUAUAUUUUGUGGUAAGUAUUAUAUUAUAUUUAAAAAAAAGAAAAAAAAAAUUAAUUUUUUUUUUUUUAUAUUUUGUUUAAGUAAAAGCCGUCAGCAUACGUUAAAACAACCAACGACAAUUUAUCAUUGACAAAAGUUGAGCAGAUAUUAUUACAUUAUAACGCGUUAAAUUAUUAAUCUUAGUCAACAACUUGUUCAAUUACAUCGUCACCACCGAUAUAAAUAGCAUUAUGACUUACAAUAAUUAAAAUUGAUGAAAUAAUUUAGCGUGUCAUAACAUAAUAUUAUCUGCUCGUUAACUUUUGUCAUAGGUUGUUUUAGCAUAUGAUUGACGGUUUUUACUCGCAAACAGAAUUAAAAAAAACAUUUUUAAUCUUUUUUUUUAAAUAUAAUACUUACCACAACAUAUAUAUAAUUGAAGUAAGUUUAUUCAAUGGUAAAUUGUUUGGUCUUUAAUUUUUGGGCAUAAGUAUUUUUAUUGUAAUUUGAACAGCUGAUGAGUUAUAAGCGAAAACAGUAAAAGGGGUGCGCACCUCUUUUAAGAGUGGUGGGGGCUACUCACAAGGCUAUGUGUCAGGAUGUUUAGUAUGUUUAUGAGUGAGGUAUAAACUACUUAUAUACCAAAAUUCAGCUUUCGGGAAAUUAUUUCUCAAUUGUGUGCUAAUUUUACUGGACUAGAUCAUUUUAUUCAAAAACAUAUUAUAGUUUUGUACAAAUGUCAUGCUUGGAGUAAAAUAAAAUUAUGGUCACGAUAUGAUGUUUGUUGAAAUCAUUUAUAAGUGAAAUCGUAAAUGAUUUGCUACUUCUUAUAAAGAUCAGAUUGAUAUAAAUAAUUUUAUUGAUUAUAAUAAUAUUAUUCGAAACUAUAAAAAUAUAAAACUGUUUUCUUAUAUUAUAAUAAGCAAUAGUAUAUAUUUCAAAAAUGUCUAAAAAACCAUCGAAAUAUGCACUAAAAGAAGAAAUAUGCAAAAAAAAGCACUAAAAAAGUUCUUAAAUCGUUAUGUCAAGACAAAUUUUGUGCUCGCUUAGCAUAUCAUACAAUCAACCAGAAUAAAUAUGCAAAUGCAUACAAAUAUGCGCUCUGAUUAUAAAUAAUUGUAGGUAA